CGCUGGCUGCCGCCUCGGCUCUUCUUCUGAGUCGCUGCCCGCUGGGGCCCUCACCCACAUCCUCCGCCGGCGAUGAAGCCCCUCAUCCCCCAGUCCCUCCACGCCGCCGUCGACCGCCGCUGGCUGCUCCCCCUGGCCGUCGGCUCCGCGCUCUCGCUCCUCCUCCUCGUCGCCCUCACCACCUUCCCCCUCCCACUCCCCUCCUCCUCCUCCUCGGCCGCCUCCGCCCUCUUCGUCGAGCACAAGCUCGCCCCCACCCCGCCGUCCCCAUCCGGCGCCGAGCUCCCCCGCAUCGCCUUCCUCAUCUCCGGGUCCGCGAGGGACGCCUCCGCUCUCCGCCGCGUCCUCCUCGCGCUCUACCACCCCAGGAACCGCUACAUCCUGCACCUCGAUGCCGAGGCCCCCGACUCAGACCGGAGGGACCUCGCCGCCGGCCUCGCCGCCCACCCGGUCCUCGCGUCCGCUGCCAACGUACGCGUCGUCGACCGCGCCAACCUCAUCACCUACCGCGGGCCCACCAUGGUCGCCAGCACGCUCCACGCCGCCGCCGCCUUCCUGUGGGGCCACGCAGGCGCCGGCGGCUCCGACUGGGACUGGUUCAUCAACCUCUCCGCCUCCGAUUACCCGCUCGUCACGCAGGAUGAUCUGAUACACGUCUUCUCCAAGCUGCCGCGUGAUCUCAACUUCAUCGACCACACCAGCGACAUCGGAUGGAAGGAGUUUCAGAGGGCCAAGCCCGUGAUCAUUGACCCCGGUCUCUACAUGAAGAAGAAGGCUGAUGUGUUCUGGAUACCGCAGAGGCGGAGCGUGCCGACAGCCUUCAAGCUCUUCACUGGUUCUGCUUGGAUGGCACUGUCAAGGCCCUUUGUGGAAUACUGCAUAUGGGGCUGGGACAACCUACCUCGCACAGUGCUCAUGUACUACUCCAAUUUCAUCUCCUCGCCAGAAGGCUACUUCCACACCGUGGUCUGCAACGCCGAGGAAUUCAAGAACACGACCGUGAACCAUGACCUGCAUUACAUCUCAUGGGACAACCCUCCAAAGCAGCAUCCGCACUACCUCACGGUCGAAGAUUUGGACAGGAUGGUUGCUAGUGAUGCCCCUUUUGCUCGGAAGUUCCAUGCAGAUGACCCGGUGCUAGAUAAGAUAGACGAGGAGAUCUUGUCCCGUGGUGCAGACAUGCCAACCCCUGGAGGCUGGUGCGCAGGAACACAAGAGAACGGGAGCGACCCUUGCUCUGUCAUAGGCGACACCAGUCUCCUUCAGCCUGGCCGUGGAGCGGUGCGGCUGCAGCGGCUGAUCACGUCGCUGCUGUCAGAGGAGAAGUUCCACCCAAGGCAGUGCAAGUAGGGCGUGAUGCCUCUGACCCACCAAAUCUGAGCUAUAUAUGAACAUACACGCAUGGUCUGCUGCCGGUGGCGAUGCAUACAUGGUUUGUUCUGACGUGUAGGUCGUCGCCGUUUUGUUAGGCAGCUGCCAUUUAACAUGUACCAUGUUGCCGUUGUACUACCACAUUAGUAGUCAUCUAUCUGUAGAGCCUGUUGUAUCUCCACUCCACAUGUAGUACUUUAUCAUCCAAGGUAUGAGCCUGGACACCUGGUUAUCAUCAAUAUAUUUCAGUGUAACUUUAGCUGUCAAUUACAUUA